AUGCAGUUCACAUCCAUAAUUCUGUUGGUGUUCGCGUAUACGCUGGGGCUAGCCGCUAGCCCAUCCCCCGCUCGGCCAGCGGAGGUCAAGAAGUUCGGGUUGCCAGCCAACUACGACGCGUUGCCCAAUGCGAGCAAUUUCAUUCCUUUGGACAAG